CCCUCUUUUCUUCAUCUCUCUCUCUCAAUCCAACCAUUCCACCACAUACUCCGGCGGAUUAGCGAUUACCAUCUCUCUGAUCCACGCUAUGCUCCAUCUCUCUCACCAUCCAAUUCGUGGUGGCGUCGUCUAAUUUUUUCCUCGGUUCAAUUUCCAAACACAAUCACGGCUUCAUUUGAUUAUCUCUUCCAACCGCCAACCAUCCACCAUCUCCGGAGAUCUUCGCCGUCCAGUCUUACGGUGGACGACAAGGGCCGGAUUCCUUCCCCGCACGGCGGCCGGGGUGCCUUACCCUCCGAAGGCGGCUCCCCAUCCGAUCUCCUCUUCCUCGCCGGCGGCGGCCCCUUCUUCUCUUUCGCCGCCUAACUCUGACUUUUUUUUAAUUAAUUCAUUUCUCGUAAUUUUUCUUCCAUAAUCAUCCUAUCCCCUUUGAGUAUAACCGAGAGUGGUUCGUAGAUAUGGUGUCUGUAUUAGAGAGGAAAUUGACGAUAAAGAGGGUUGCCACCGUGGUUUCUAACUACCAGGAGAAUGCGUCUACUGAUGACCUCGCAUCUAUGGCGCAGGGCUGCGGCCGAAAUUGCCUCGGAAGCUGCUGCUUGCCUGUUUCGAAGCUGCCUCUCUAUGCAUUCAGUACGGAUGAGGAAGAGCAAGGUCACGACGAAGUUGAUGCAUCUUGUGAUGGCAAAUCUCCUGAAAAGUCCUAUUUAAACAAUUUGUUGCUAGGGCAGUGGGAAAAUCGUAUGACUCGGGGGCUUUUCAGGUAUGAUGUUACCUCUUGUGAGACUAAGGUUAUUCCUGGAACAUAUGGCUUUGUGGCACAGCUGAAUGAAGGACGUCACCUUAAGAAACGGCCGACAGAGUUUCGGGUUGACAAGGUUCUCCAACCUUUUGACAAGAACAAAUUCAACUUUACAAAAGUGGGUCAAGAGGAAGUGCUCUUCAGGUUUGAGCCAAGUGAAGAUGGAAAAACUAGUUAUUUUCCUUGCUCUCAAAUUGAUCCCUCGGCCAGUGUCGUUGCAAUUAAUGUGAGUCCCAUUGAGUACGGACAUGUGCUUCUAAUUCCCCGGGUCCUUGAUUGCUUACCCCAGAAAAUUGUUCAUGACGGCCUUAUGCUUGCUCUUCACUUUGCUAAAGAGGCGUCGAAUCCCUUUUUCAGAGUGGGCUAUAACAGUUUAGGUGCAUUUGCCACCAUCAACCAUCUUCACUUUCAGGCAUACUUCUUGUCUGCCCCUUUUCCAAUCGAGAAAGCACCAACAUGCAAAAUAAUGAGCAGCAAAGAUACUAGGGUGAUGGUCUCUAAGCUGCUGAAUUAUCCUGUCAAAGGACUUGUCUUUGAGGGUGGAAAUAAGUUGCGUGAUCUAUGUGAUGCCGUAGCAAGCUCUUGCAUCCUUCUCGAAAGUAACAAUGUUGCUUUCAAUCUACUUAUUUCUGAUUGUGGAAAGAGAGUAUUUCUACUACCUCAGUGCUAUGCUGAGAAACAAGCACGUGGAGAAGUAGAGCAGGAGCUUCUUGAUACUCAGGUGAACCCUGCUGUCUGGGAAAUAAGUGGACAUAUGGUGCUCAAGCGGAGAAAGGAUUACGAUGAAGCUUCUGAACAAUAUGCAUGGAAGCUUCUCUCGGAUGUUUCUCUCUCAGAUGAGAGAUUCCAGGAGGUGGAACAGUACGUCCGUGAGGCUGCUAAUUUGCAAGAAGACAGGGACUUUAUCAGCACAGAGGAGACUAGUUAUGGCUCUGGCACUACACAAGUCUCCCCACAUCUCCCUCAAGAUUGCCUUGUGCUGCGUUAACUGUUAGCGUUACUUACGCAUAGCUCACUAUGCAGAAACAUGCUCUCAUUUCCCUAGAGGUAGUUGGUGUGUGCUUUUCCUCUCUAGAUGGUUGGUGGUGUGAUGCAUACAGUUAGUUGGUGUUUUCAAGCAGGAUAUUGCUUGAGAGUUGGUAUGUGUUACCAAAUGCUGGAUAAAUUAUUGAAAGGGAUCCAUGUGUUUUGUGUAUUAUAGUAUAUGGUGAGAAUAAAUUAAGAGACUACUUUAAGGUUA